AUGAGGUUCGUAUAUGUCAGAGCUGGCUGGGAAGGAAGUGCCCAUGAUAGCCGCGUCUUAUUGGAUGCUCUUUCCAAUCCGGAUGCAGCAUUUCCUGUACCACCGGCUGGAAAAUAUUACGCGGUUGAUGCAGCGUACAGACACAUGCCAGGAUUCAUGGCGCCUUUCAAGAGUGGUCCAGGAGGGAGAUCACAGACUGCACAGAAAGGAUUAUUUAAUCGCCGUCAUUCUUCGGUUCGGAACAUAAUAGAGAGGACGUUUGGGGUAUGGAAAAUGAGAUUCAAAAUUUUGGAUGGACCAAUGAAAAACUAUCCUAUUGAGGCACAGAGAAACAUUGUAGUGGCAUGUUGUGUACUGCACAAUUUCAUUAGGGAGAUGCAGCCAUACGACGUCUACUUGACGGAUGAAGCGAAUAUGGAAGGCACAGAUACCGAAGGAGCUCAAAUGCAACAAUUCCACGUUACUCCAGAAGCAAUCCAUGAUUGGAAGGAAUUACGAAAUGCAAUGGCUGAUCACAUGUACCUUCAUCGAAAUGAGUAG